AUGCCGUCGUUGGUGUCUCUUGAGGAGCUCACAGCGACCAAGGUCUUGGUCACUUUUCUCACUAUUGUCAUCAUUGUCCCGAGAGUCUUCACUGUGAUCAAGAAUGCCUUCUCUCCUAUUAGCUCCAUUCCUGGCCCUCUCCUGAACAAGCUGAGUCCAUGGCCAUUGACCAUUGCAACCAUCAAGGGCACGAGUCACCACUUUGCGCGCUCUCUCCAUGAGAAAUAUGGCCCUAUCGUCGUCCUCGCACCAGGCAUGAUCGCCGUCGCCGACACAAAGGAGAUUAAGCGCAUCAUCCAGACAGAGGAUUGGACCAAGUCUGAAGCCAUCUAUGGCAACUUUCGUCAAGACCCUCAACGUCCCACGCUUCUGGCGUACACGGACAAGAAGGCAUAUUCCAAGCGCAAGCGUAUGCUGUCUUCCAUGUUUGGCAUCAAGUACAUCCGAAGCAUGGAGCCCAUCAUGAUGACUUGUGUUGAAGCCGCAGUCAGGCAGCUGAACAAAUUCUGUGAUGAAGGCUCCCAGGGUGCUGCUGUCGUGGAUAUGCAGCAUCUCAUCCACAGUCUGGCCAUUGACGUUAUUGGUAUCACCACUUUUGGAGGCAGUCUUCACGUCGUUGACAAUGGAAGCCAUCCUCUGCCAUCUCGUCUCAAGGCCGGCCUUAGAAUCGCCGGCUUGAUGCAGUUGAUCCCCUGGAUCCGUUUCAUUCCCUUCCUCCCUACGCGCGACCCGUACGUCGACAAGUUUACCUACGACAUUGUCGAUGGGCGUCGACAGGAGCUAGAGUCAAGUCAACACAGUGACCUUCUGCAGAAGCUUGUCGAGGCCAGCGAUGACUCUCCCGGCUCAGACUUCCGUACUUCAGACGUCCAAGAUGAGAGUGUUGUCAUGCUCACUGCAGGAAGCGAGACGACAGCCAAUGCAGAGCUCUUUACCCUCAUGAUGCUACUCAAGAACCCCGAAGUCAUGAAUAAGCUAGUAGAUGAGGUCGAUCAGUGGUAUCCACCUUCGGAACCGGAUCGUCAGACAGAUUGUGGCUACUCUCAAGCUGGAAUGGCGUAUCUCCAAGCUUGUAUCGACGAGACAAUGCGUCUCGUACCUGGUCAAGCAACCGGAAGCCCGCGUGAAACAUCCAAGGACGACGUGGUUCUCGGCUAUCGCAUCCCUGCGGGCACAACCGUAUUCCCCAACACACAAGAAAGUCACAUGCAAGAUGCCCACUGGGAAGAACCCCAAAAGUUUGUUCCAGAGCGUUGGCUUGAAGCCCAGGCCGCAAACAUGCCGUACUGGCCCUUUUCAGCAGGAAGCCGCGUGUGCAUUGGCAAGCACUUUGCAUUCCAGGAGAUGCAUCUCACUCUGGUGACGCUGCUGCGGAAGUUCAAGUUUGAGUAUGUAGACGGCCAGGAUGAGAGCACUGUCUUUCGUGUUGCGCAGCAGCUAAAGGCUGAGUCUUACCGGAUGAAGGUAUCAAAGAGAUAG